AUGGCAGAAGGUAGUGGACUGCGAUAUGAAGAUAAAGUAACGAUUGUCACCGGCGGAUCUAAAGGCAUUGGGCUGGGUGUCGUUCAAGUAUUUGUUAAAAAUGGUUCUAAAGUUGUAUUUUGUGCUAGAAAUGUAGAUGAGUCUGAGGGUAAAGCUGUAGAAAAGGAACUAAAUGGUCUUGGUAUUGGUGAAGCUACUUUCAUUGCUUGUGAUGUUACAAAAGAAAGUGAAAUUAAGAAUUUAAUAGAUAAAACAGUAGAGAAAUAUGGUCGAAUAGAUUGUUUAGUUAAUAAUGCUGGCUCUCAUCCACCACAUAUGCCGAUAGAUGAUUUCAGUUCAGAUGAUUUUAGAGAAUUGUUAAAUUUAAAUCUUGUCAGCUAUUUUAUAGCAUGUAAAUAUGCCUUGCCUCAUCUCAGAAAAGUUGAAGGUAAUAUUAUAAAUAUGUCUAGUUUAGUUGGAUCUAUUGGACAAUAUGGUGCUGUUACAUAUGUAGCCACAAAGGGAGGCAUCACAUCUUUCACUAAAGCUUUAGCAGUUGAUGAAGCCAAAUAUAAUGUUAGAGUUAAUUCAGUAUCACCAGGUAAUGUUUGGACACCUUUAUGGAAUAGUGGAGCCAGUAAAACAACUAAUCCAGAACAAACAAUAGCAAAUGGAGCUGAUAGUCAGUUGUUGGGACGUUUUGGCACUAUUGAAGAAUCAGGACAAAUGUGUUUAUUUUUGGCAUCAGAAGGAACAUUCUGUACUGGUAUUGAUCUGCUAUUAUCUGGUGGAGCCGAGUUGAAUUAUGGCAUCAAAACUAUGAAAGGAGAAAAACAACUUCCAUUUUAAUUGUUGGUAGAGUUUUUUUUACAGAAACUUCUCAACAUUUUUAUUUCUUCCAUUGAAUUUCAAGUUUUAGGGUAGGGAUGAAGCUUAUGCACAAAAUUUUAACGGUCUCAGUAUUUUUAAUUUUAAUCUGUAAUAUGAUUUGAAUGUUGAAUUUUAUAUUUACAUUUACAUAAUUUUCAAACUCGGGUUUUGAAAGACUAGAAAUUUUGUAGAUUGAAUCAAACUAUUUUACAUAUUAUUAGUUGUUAGAUAUAUUUCUUCUCAUUUUAAAACACCACUUUCGGUGACAUCACAGAUCAAUGUUUCAUCAGUGGUGGAGUCAAGGGAGAGGACAGAAAAGUGGUUUGCGCUUCCAAUUGUACCCCGCCCACUUUAUAUUCAACAAAUCUAAAUGUCUAUCUUUUUCCUCCAAAAUAUUUGUCAGAAUGCACAAAAUCAAUUCAUUUUCUCUAAAAUUUUCUUAACAGAACCCUCUAAGACUCUCUAUGAGAGACUUGCGAUUAUGACACCACCACAGAGUUUGAUUUGAUUCAGUCUUAGCAGUUGUCCCCCUUUUGAGCCAGUCUGCCCCCAGUAAUCGGAAGGCUGGCGCUGCCACUCUUUCAUACUAUUAAUAGCUAGUUUUGCUUUUGGUAAUUUAAAGAUUUCAAACUUCUGCCAAAUACUAUU